AUGAUUAAUAUUUAUAUCUUUGACUUUAUCUUUAUCUUUGUUUGCAUCUUCACAUCUCCUACUGGUACUCUACUUUCUUCCUAUUUUCCCCUGUUUUACCAAUCUUCAUAUCCAUUACAACUAUUUCAUUGGCGGUUUUAUUCUGAUUGUCAUCAAGAACAAAUUGAUUUUGAUGAUUGUCAUUUGUUUCUUGAAUCUGUUAGACAUCAAUGUUCAUUAGGGUUUACUAUAAUUGAUGAUGCCAUUUCUCUUUUUCGUCAUUUGAUUUCUUUACAUCCUCAACCUUCCAUCGUUGAUUAUACUCGGCUCUUUAUUUCCAUGUUGAAGAUGAAACCUUCUCCCCCUUUUUCCACUGUUAUUUCUCUUUUUAGGGAACUUCAUUUUUCAGAUGUCAGUUUAGAUUUGCUUUCCCUUACUAUGUUAGUCAAUUGUUUCUGUCGUCUAGGGUUUGUUGAUUUUGGGUUUUCCACAUUGGGUAUGAUCUUUAAGUUAGGCCAUCAAACUAAUAUUGUCACUUAUAAUACUUUGCUAAAUGGUCUUGUUCGCGAUCAUCGAUUCGAUGAAGCUGAUUUGUUGCUUGAUAAAAUUGUCCGCCUUGGAUUUCAACCGACAAUUUUUACUUAUGGAGCUAUGUUUAACGGUCUUUGCAAAGGAGGAAAUAGUGUUGGUGCUCUUAACUUGCUUAGUAAAAUGGAAGCUGAUGGACAGUAUAUUCCUAAUACUGUCACAUAUAGUACCAUUAUUGAUGGUCUGUGUAAAGAGCAACGUUUACAAGAAGCUCUCCAACUCUUUGCCACGAUGAAAAAUAAGCGUAUUUUGCCCAAUGUCAUCACUUAUAAUACCUUAAUUCGAGGUAUGUGCACUUUGGGACAUUGGACAGAUGCUAAAGAGAUGUUUAAUGAAAUGUUGAACAACAACAUGACUCCAGUGGUGGAAACUUACAAUAUGAUGAUAAAAAUAUAUUGUGAAGGAGGGAUGGUUAUUAAUGCCGAGGCUGUAAUUGCAUCCAUGAUUAAGAAAGGUUACAUUAUAGAUAUCAACAGUUAUAAUGUUUUAUUGUCUGGUUAUUGUUUACUUGGUAUGGUUAGAAAUGCUGAAACACUUUUAGAUUUGAUGGUACAAAAUAGUUGUCAGCCUGAUGUUUGAAGUAUGAACAUUUUACUUAAUGCAUAUGUCAAGUUGAAUAGUUUUGACAAAGUUUUAGUUGUGCUUCAAGAAAUGUCUCAUAAAGGAUUAACCCCCAAUAUCUUCACUUAUACCAUAAUUAUUGAGGCCUUCAGUAAGGGAAAUAAACUUGAAAUUGCUGGCCAACUUUUCGAGGAAAUGAAGACUCGUGGUCUAAAACCUAAUGUAGUUACUUGGAAUUCAAUUCUUUAUGGCUUGUGUGAAGUCUCAGAACUAGAUAAGGCUGUGGUGUUGAUAGGUGAAAUGGUGAAUGAAGGGGUGUCUCCUAAUAUUGUCACAUAUAGUCUUUUAAUGGAUGGCCUAUGUAAAGUCGGGCAACUUAAGGAAGCAAUAGAUGUAUUCUCAUCUCUCCCAUCUAAAGGAUUACAAAGAGAUGUGCAUGCCUACACUAUAAUGAUUAAAGGACUUUGUAAAGGGGGUUUAAUUGAUGAUGCAUAUGAACUUUUCAAGAAAAUGGAGGAUGAUGGAUGUUCUCCGAAUGAGUACGCCAUUAACACAAUGAUUACUGGAUUUAUAAAUGGUGGUCAUCUUAGCAAGGUUUUGGAUCUAGUCAACCUUAUGACUAAAAAACAAUUCAAGGCUAAUGCUAUCACAACUCCAUUGCUACAAGGUUUACUAAUUCGUCAUGAUGUUAGUGACUUUGAAAAGGAAUCAAUUCUACAAGUUUUGAAAUCGAAACUUGUAUAUAGUUCAACUUGAAAAUUUAACCAUGAUGUUGUCUAUGAUGGGAUUACGACUUUGAUAUUGUUGUUGACUUGUUGUACAUUGUCGUGUUAAAACUCACCAUAUAACUUCCAAUUUUUAUUUUUGUUUGAUAAGUAGUCAAUACCUUACAUUAGCUCUAUCAAAAUUCAAUAUACUUUUUGUUUUCUAGUA